GAGGAUCUCGAGCUGUUCUUGAGCAUGCGAGCGAGGUACACGCAAGUCUUGAUCGGCCAGCUCGCCGAUAUCCGCUCGUAUUUGCUUACGAAUUGCAAUCGUUUGGAGUUGGCCAAAGACGGCACUGGGCAUGGCCCGUUGACAGCAGCGUUCGAUGUUUUCGAGAAAGUGCCUAAGUUCUUCGCGGCCUUUGGCGACGACGUCUGCAGCAUGGAUUACUCUCAUUCAGAGUUGGCUACGUGGACGGCAGCUUGGAGUGGCGUCGUGAUCAAAAGUGCCCAAUUGGAUCGCGCUCUGUUCAAGCCCAAGAGCGAGGAGGACUGGACGCGGACCGCUGCUGCUUACCGUUCGAAGCUCAAUGGCCAGACCAAGGAUCAGCUCGCGAGGCUUCUUCCGGAGACACCCGCCGAUGCCAAGCCCAGCAAGGCCGAAAUGAUUGACACCCUCGUCAGCAUUCACAUGGAGGGCACGAAGGCCGAGGAGGUAAAGUUGCAAGAGGAGUGGGAUGCCUUCGCCAAGUCGUACUGCGAGGUGCUAGGCAGCUUGGGCAGCGCCAGCGCCAGCCACGCUGUCAGUGCCUCAGACUCCGCUGAGAGCAGCAUCACCUCGGCGCUGGUUGAGGUUGACGAGCUCACGGGUGGCGACGAGAACUUCCAGCCACUGUGUUCUUCCAACAAGAGCUGUGGAUCAGUAGACCCGAGGUCAGGCAAGGCGUUCGAAUCGAUGACGGCGGCGGCUUCAAUUUCAACGCAGCUUCUCGGCAGUUGUCUUUACGUCGACAGCGGGGUUCGGAGGAUUGCGCGGAGGACGCCCAGGGACCCUUCGGAGCUCAACAAGAAGCAGCCUAAGCUGUAUUAUAUUCAUCGCGGUGAUGACGACCCCGAUGCGAGCACGUUUGAGCUCUACCUCAUUGGCAAAGUGAGCGCUGGGACAUCGCCGCCUGCCAACAAGCUGAUCUAUUCCGCGGGGAAGCUCACGAACGGCGACAAGUUGUUCGUUCAGCCGCCCUCGGCCGCCCUCAGCCCCUCGAGCGACAGUUUCGUGCCCGGCUGGAGCGUCGGGGUGACCAAGGCUGAUUGCGGCAAGUUACUGACGAUGAUCCCCCAA